UGGCCCCGUCCUUGUCUUUUGUUGUUACAGCCCCUCCCCUCCCACCGUUGGGGAUUUCUUCCCCUCUCCUCCCUCCCACUCCGUCCCCUUCCUGUCUCCCCUACUCGCCCCCCUGCAUCUCCAUUGCCGCCAACUCCGCGCUGGAUUGUCCGAUUAGCCUGCUGGCGGCGUGCGACCCUGCUGCUCGUUUCCCCCUCCCUCCCGCGCUGUUUCGGCCGGCAGAUGCGUAUUUGUGGCGCAGUUUGUAGGGUUUCCGAGUGCGACGUCGGUGCUUUUUGGAGUGCAGAAUUGAGGUGUAGCACCACGGGGGUCCGGAUUAUUUUGAGUCGGGGCCAUUGAGAGGAUGGUGGAAGAGAGAGGGGACGUUGAGGGACGGGACGGGCGUAAUUUAGGGUGCCCCUGCGGGGUGGGUGCAAGGCGAGAGGUUUGAGAGCGAGUGGUUCGUGCACGUCGGGUUGCAAGGCAGCGAGAGGGAAUAGAGUCACAGCCUGCUUGAGUGCGGGCGCGAUGGCAUGCCAUUCGAGAGGAGAGUCGUUGGGAGGGAGCGUGCCGUCUGCCGAUGCAGCCGCGUCGAAGCUGCAUCCGAUGAUGGAUCUACCUCCGGAAUGGCGCUCGCGGGAGCAGCUGGAGCCCUCACCACCCUCGACAUCGCCUGCCUAUUGGGAUACUGAUGAGGAUGACGAUUCCAAUUCGUCGUGCAUGACUGGACCCAAGCCCACAGACCUGUAUGGCAAGUUCACCUGGAAAAUAGAAAAUUUUUCAGAGAUCAGCAAGCGAGAGCUGCGCAGCAAUGUCUUCGAAGUUGGUGGCUACAAGUGGUACAUUCUGGUGUAUCCUCAAGGAUGCGAUGUUUGCAAUCAUCUGUCCCUAUUUCUGUGUGUUGCAGACUACGACAAGCUAUUGCCUGGCUGGAGUCACUUUGCGCAAUUUACCAUCGCUGUUGUCAACAAGGAUCCCAAGAAAUCAAAAUACUCGGACACUUUACACCGGUUCUGUAAGAAAGAACACGACUGGGGUUGGAAGAAGUUCAUGGAGCUCUCCAAAGUUUUAGAUGGUUUUACAGUUGCUGAUACUCUCGUCAUAAAGGCCCAAGUACAGGUUAUCAGAGAAAACCCCCACCGCCCAUUUCGCUGCCUAGAUUGUCAGUAUCGGAGGGAGCUUGUUCGAGUGUAUCUAACGAACGUUGAAGGAAUCUGCCGACGCUUCGUUGAAGAAAAAAGAGAAAAACUUGGGAAGCUUAUGGAAGACACAGCUCGAUGGAACAGUUUUCAAGCGUUUUGGUCAGCUGUUGAAGAAGGCACUCGUCGGCGCCUCGCACGAGAGAAGACAGAUGUGAUUUUGAAAGCUGUGGUGAAGCGUUUUUUCAACGAGAAGGAGGUGACAUCAACAUUAGUUAUGGACGCACUUUAUAGUGGAUGCAAAUCACUGGACUAUAGGAGCCGGAGCAAGAAUGGUAAAGUUAGCGGCGUGGACGUGGAGGAAGCCAUUAACCCCAUAGUAUGGGUGGAGAAGGAUGUUUUUGUUCUUGCUGGUGACGUGCUGCUCCUACUUGAGCGGGUGGUCUCUGAAACUUUGCCCCAUUACAAGGAUGACAAGGGACCGCAAAACCGAACCAAGUUGCAGGAUGGGAGCUCCGGUGAUGAUUUUGGUAAAGACUCAGUGGAGCGUGACGAACGGCGAUUAACUGAACUCGGUAGACGAACUGUUGAAAUGUUUGUUCUGGCUCAUCUAUACACCAAUCGUGUAGAGGUCGCUUACAGAGAAGCAGUUGCAUUGAAGAGGCAAGAAGAGCUUAUUCGUGAGGAGGAGGCUGCUGGGCUAGCCGAAACUGAACUUCGAGCUAAACGGGAGGCAGCUGAGAAAGAGAAGCGGUCAAAGAAAAAACAGGCAAAGCAAAGGAGGAAGGAUCGCAAGGACAAAGACAAAGAAGCUGAAGAAAAACGUGCGCGGGUAGAACAAGAAAAUCGUCAACGUCAAUCUGAGUCUUCUAGACCCAAGGAACGAAUGUCAAAGGGGAGAGGAAUUAUUUCACUCGUUCCGGCAGAUGCUGGGGAAGUAGAUCACCUCAGUGGAUUAGAUGCAACGGAUGACGUUGUUGGUACCCUGGGACUUGCGGGCGAGGAUUGCGAUGUGGAUCACACUACCUGGGAAAGAGAUGCAUCAUACGGUCAUAGCGGCAUGGAGGCUGCUGGAUUCAGCGGGGCACAUGAAGAAAGUUCGGCACGUAAUGGUAGAGCGGCACGAAAGAAUCAGGCAUCUGCAUUAGACGAUAGUUCCUCUACAUGCUCGUCUGACUCUCUUCCUUCAGUGAGACCCUCUAUGAAUGGUGGAACAUAUAGCAUGCGACCAGGCUUGUCCGAUCAGAAUCACGCCGUUCUCACGAGAGCCAGGAGUAGAGGAGAUAGCGAUGGAUAUGAACAGGAUGGGAGGUUUUUAGAAGCUGAUGGUACCAUCAUGCGUGCGACUGCUCUGGAUCCCAGUGGUCCUGGUGAAGCUAGCAGCAGUUGCAGUUCUGCAGGGGUGGAUAAUGAGACUGUGAUUCUUUCACUUAGGGAGCGUGUACGGUGGCUUGAGCAACGUCUUUGUGAAAAGGAUGAGGAGGUUGUAAUGCUACAGGAGCAGGUUAGCCUGUUCCAACAUCAAAUGAGACUAGACAGACCCUCUUCUCAUAUUAGUCUGCCAGAAGAAGCUUCUGUAGGAUCUAGACCUAGUGGUGCGUCGAGUGCCCCAAGUUCCUCACCAGCCGAUGAAAGUAGCAGCGGCUUUUCCUCUGCAACCCCUGAUGUGGAAAAGUUAACUGGCCAACAGAUUAGAUCAAGCAAAACAACGGCAAGUACGAAUAACGCAAAUGAUCAUUCACCAAUAUUCAGUGGCAACGGAACAGCUGCAGGUGGUGCAGUUUAUAACGGAGACAACAAUAGCAAGUGGUUUCUACCUUUUGCAGGGAACAAUGUUGACAGUAGUAGCAGGCAUGGUCUGAAUUCAGCUGAAGUGGAAGUUGGCACGCCCAGACCAUCUGCCUCAGCAAAAACCCGCUGCAUUGAAGUGUCCAGGCCGCCUCGUGUAGGCAUGCCUCCAUCAUCAUCAGGAGCUAGUUUGGCCGCUGGGGUAGAAGAAACAAGUUCAAGCUAUUCCGCCACCUUUUCUGCAACUUUACCUGUGAUUUCACGUCCUGCAAGUGCACCUGGUUUGGUACCUCCUCAGAGACCAGGCAGUCUAGGCCCUAUUUUGCAAGCUCAACCUCCGCUAUCGCGAUCUGUGAGUGCAGCAGGCCGAUUGGUCUUGGGUGCAGGAUCUUCUGUAGGAGCCCAUUGUAAUGGAAAUACGCAUAUUAGCCCUCCAGUGUCUCCUUCAUACAGAAAUGCUGCUGCCGGGAGAAUAAAAAGUUUAGGAGGUUUAGCUUUACAUCCUGUUGCAAGUUCUGGAGGUGUGCACGGUGGAGUUUCACCUUCCGUGUCAGGAGCAGCAACUUCAGCUGUGCUUUUUAACACUCCCGCAACGCCAAGCGCAUCCCACGCAAGUGCUCCAUCAGUAUGUUCAGCUGCACCUACAGCUUCAGCGUCCUCUCCUCCUCUGACACCUUCCAAGAUGCGGAUAGGAUCCAUGCAGGGUACCCAAAGUGGACGGACAGAGGCAGCUGCCUCCCCGUCGGCCGCACCAGUGGCUCUGCAAUCUCCCGUGAUUUCGCAGGGUUUACCAGAGUCCUUGUCAAACGAUUUGCUCCUACAAGAGUACAGCUGUAGCCAGAGCGUUGCAAGUGGGAGGCGAUCACCAGCCGGCAUCACUUUUGGGACUGUGACUCCGGAGGUGCUGCAUCAGCAGCAGGAGGAAGAAGGGGAUGAGGGGGAACAAGAGCGUGCGCAACCACGGCAGAAGGAUGAGAGGGCACAUCCACAAUUUCAGACAUUGCCACUUCUCAAACAAGAAUCCAUGGAACUUCACAAGCAAGAGAACCUAAUUUUUCAGGAGGGCCUUUCAAGACAUCACUCUUAUGGGCAACAAGCCCAUCAAAGGCCUGUCCAUUCAAGCCUGUUACAUGAAAAUGGGGUUUUAAGUGGGGAGAGGCAUAGCAUGAUAUCCUUAAUGGAAUCCGUUAAUAAUGGAGGAGUUAUGGCAGAAGAAUUCCCACACCUUGACAUUAUUAAUGAUUUGUUAGAGGACGAUCAAGGAUGCUUUGGGUUGGCACUAAGUGCGAUGCUCCAUCAACCAGGGUCUACUCCGUUCUCCAACCGUCAUCUUGGUGUGCCAAGUCACCCUGGUAUGCUCAAGCACAACCAAUAUGGCCAGCUUCCUUCAGACAGCAAUGCUGUGAAUAGUGAUGGAAGUGACAGAGGGAGGACAUCAGAUGAUGAGCGAAUGCACAUGCACGAAGGGAACACUGCCAACAUAAGGGAAAACAGGCGUAUGUCUGUUGCUUUUUGUCACCAACCUUUGGGGAGACUGCAGAGUCAACACAGUGGCCACCUUGAUAGUAUGGCACCUCAUUAUUGGCCAAUUACAAGUGCAGGAAUAUCGGCAGGAAACAACGUGAGAAAUGGUCUAGAUAGCCGCAUGAGCUAUUCUCUUGUGCAAAGCCAUCAUGUAUCUGUUCAGGAUUGCUCGGGAUUCGCUUUGGGGCAUAAUGGUUAUUCUGUGUAUGCUCCUGGUCAGCAGCCUUAGAUGAUAGCCUGCCGUCCCUGUCAUUCGAACUGCUCCUUUUUCACCCUAAGAAAACUUGAUUACUCUUGGAUCUUUUGAGAUGCAUUUUUCAUUUUAACUGGGCA